CCGCCCGGCGUACAAUGGUGGUAUCCAGGCGGAGUCAUGGACGCCGCCGCGCAGAACAACCUGCAUCAGCAGUUGCAGGGCCAACAGCAACAACAGCAGCCACAACAGCAACAUCUCUCGCCCAUUACCACGCAAACGUCCACGCCCCCCGUUAUGUCUCCGCACCCGAUACAGCAGAUACCGCAAAAUAAUCUUCAACAAAAUAACGCUCAGAGUCUGCAGCGGGACAAUAUGCCGAGAGGAAAAGAUUCGAAGCCAAGAGGACGGAUGACAGCGUAUGCGUUCUUCGUCCAGACAUGUCGUCAGGAGCACAAAAAACAUCCCGAGGAGAAGAUCGUCUUCCGGGAGUUCUCCAAAAAAUGUGCAAUGAGGUGGAAGACUAUGUCGGACAUCGAGAAGAAACGUUUCCACGAAAUGGCAGAGAAAGAUAAGAAGAGAUACGACGCAGAGAUGCAGAAUUACACGCCGCCUAAGGGAGAAAAUAAGGGCAGAGGCAAGAAACGCAAACAUAUUAAGGAUCACAAUGCUCCCAAGAGAUCGCUGUCUGCUUUCUUCUGGUUCUGCAAUGACGAACGCGGUAAGGUCAAAAUGCUGAAUCCUGAAUAUGGCGUAGGCGAUAUAGCUAAGGAAUUAGGCAAGAAAUGGUCGGACGCAGAUCCCGAAACCAAAUCCAAAUACGAGGCUAUGGCAGAGAAGGACAAAGCUCGAUACGAAAGGGAAAUGACCGCGUACAAAAAGAAAAUGCAAAACGACGGCGCCCCGAUGGUGGGAGGAGCGCCGGCGAACCAAACUAUGAUAAAAAGCGACAGUGAAGAGGAAUGGAAGGAAGACGACGAAUAGCGGAUGCACGUCGAAAUUUCUUCAUCUAUCACCCCGUGUCCUUCAUCCUGAAAGCAUACCUCACCUACUGUACGUACCAUUGACCUUAGCGUGAGCGUACUUACACCACCAUCACUAGGAGAACAAAGCAACUAACCACCAAGCAACCUACCAAUCAACCAAGCUCUUCAACAGUCCCCACCAAUCAAUCUCCUAAUUCUUUCUCCUGAUUAUUUACGAUAAUGAUAAAGUAAUCCGCGCUAAUUAUGGUAAUUAUUUUAAAAGGAAAAACUGGUAUGCAUGAGUGAUGCGCGAGUGUGAGCAAGAGAUUCAUUGUAUGAGUGAACAUUUGUACUUUAACAUAUUGAUAGUAAUGAUGUAAAGCGGCUAGUAGGAUAGCAGAAAAGAAUGAAAGAAAAAAAGAAAUCAGAAUCAUAAAGAAAAAAAACAAAAUCGGAAGAGACAAGAAGGUGGCGAAUGCCCAUACUUUCUCUGUCCGAAUGGAAGGCGCAGGGGCUCAAUCAUUGUUGACUUUUUGCUCUGUCGACGCUAUAUUACGAGCUACGUAGCUUAGUUUACUAAUGACGAAAUGCCGCGAUAAUGACAGCUCCAUAGCGCGAGGAUCGGAGAUAAUUGUUAUUCUUCUAUCGUGUUUUUCAGAUUUUUCCGAUCAUGUCAUGUAAAGAUCAUAAUUUUUAUGCGUUGCAAGGGAAACCUUUUCUCGGAUUCUCGCUCUAGAACGGGGUAAAUCAUAUCGCGUCGUUGCAAAAUUAAUAUACUUUUGGGAAUCUUUUUUUAGCUCAAUUCAGUUCUGUUCUGUUUACUCGUCGCCAGCGUCGUAUGGCAUAAAUACAUACACAAUAUACACAUAUACAAAUUAUACACACCACACACACACACACAUACACAUACACAUCACACAUAAUACGUACAGACGAUUGUUGUAUAUCCUUGUACAGAGAGCUUCGUUUUUCCUUUCGUAUAUUUUUAGCGAAUCGAUCAUGUUGAGCGCGCGUGAUGGGGCAUGGGGCCGCUUUACGCAUAUUUGCGAAUAUAUAAUUGAUUUUUCAUCGAGGUACACACAUGUCUCUUGUAGUAGCUGUAAGUACGUUUAGAAUUAAGUAUACGUGUAUCUUAACGCAGACUUGGAUUCUCCGGCGACUCUCUACGUCUUUUUUAGCGUACAAUGUACUUUUUUUCGACACUAACACAGCGGUGUUACAAGCCACGAGCCACCACGUGAUUGAGCCUUAAUUACGUAGUUGAUAAACGAUUGCUCCGAUGUGAAUCGGAAGAAACUUGUGUGCGAGAGAGAAAGAGAGUGCAUGUGUAUGUAGCUCGCAGCUUCUCUUAUUAGAUCGUUGCAUAUGAGAUGUCAUCUUUUUGAAACAAUGAAUUUUUAAUGAUCAGGUAUCGUGUAUGUUUAUAAUUUUUUUAUACAAGUAUGCUGCAGUUUCUACGAAAAUUGUUUGCCUUCUUUCUAGAGUUAUAUACAUGUAUAUUAGAAAAUUGAAAAAUUUAUUAUUUUUGUAUUUUAAAGCGGGAUAUUUCAAUUGGACAUUAAUAGUAUUAUUGAUAUUAUUAAUGCUAAUAUUAUUAUUAAUUUUAUUUCAUUAUUAUUAUUAUUAUAUGACUUCUACAUUGGCUACGGAUUCGUAUAUCUCAUCUUGAUAAAGUGGAAGCUAAAGCUAAGAGGAAUUAAUUAUAAGGAUAAUAUAGAAAUCUGUUAUAUAGAUUAAAUGGUAUAUAGGACGAUGUCCUAUAUAUGUGUUUCAUGUGAAAGAAAUGGACAAUUGUAUGCAAAAUUUAACGUCCGGAAUAUAAAAAUGAAAAUAUGA